CAGGAAACCCCGUCCCCACGCAGAGGAGGAAGCCCGACAGCCCGGCCGAGCACGGAGCAGCACCGAUAGCAUUUUUAUUAUUAUUUAUAUUUAUUUAUUUUAUCUCUCUGCAAACAGAGGAGCGACGGCAGGCACGGCCCAACCCGCGCCGCGGCGAGCAGCGGGGCCGGUGGUGGCACAGCCCCAGUGCAGCCAUGGGGCAGAAAUGCAUGGAGAAGGUGUCCUCCUUCCUCUUCGAGUACGACACCCCUCGGAUGGUGCUGGUGAGGAACAAGAAGGUGGGACUGACCUUCCGGCUGAUCCAGCUCAUCGUCCUGGCGUACAUCAUCGGGUGGGUUUUCCUCUACGAGAAGGGCUACCAGUCGCAGGACAGCAUCGUCAGCUCGGUGUCGGUGAAGCUCAAAGGCAUAACGCUGACCAACGAGAGCGUCCUGGGCCCGCACAUCUGGGACGUGGUGGAUUACGUUUUCCCACCGCAGGGGGACAACUCUUUCGUGGUGAUGACCAACUUCAUUAUCACCCCUGGACAGAAACAAGGAACCUGCCCGGAGCUGCCGGAUGCCGGGAGUUGCACGAGGGACAGCAACUGCAGCAAGGGGACCUACAGCCGCGAGGGACAAGGGCUCAGGACGGGCAGGUGUGUGAAUUUCAACAGCUCAGUGAAGACCUGCGAGAUCUUUGGCUGGUGCCCUGUUGAAGUUGACUACCACGUUCCCAACCCUGCCCUCCUGUCAGAAGCGGAGAAGUUCACCUUGUUCAUCAAGAACAGCAUCACCUUCCCCAGGUUCAAGGUGUCCAGGCGCAACUUGGUGGAGAGCGUCACCAAGGAUUACCUGAAGAAGUGCACGUACCACAAAGUCACCGACUCCCUGUGCCCCGUGUUUGGCCUGGGCUACGUGGUGAAGGAAUCGGGCCAGAAUUUCACUGUCCUGGCCGUUAAGGGCGGAGUGGUGGGCAUCACCAUCGACUGGAACUGCGACCUCGACUGGCCUGUCCGGCACUGCAAGCCUGUUUACCAGUUCCAUGGCCUCUACAAUGACGAUAGUAACGUCUCGCCAGGCUUCAACUUCAGGUACGCCAAAUACUACAAAGAAGAUGGGACAGACAAGAGGACCCUGUACAAGGUGUUCGGGAUCCGGUUCGACAUCCUGGUGAACGGCAAGGCAGGCAAAUUUGACAUCAUCCCCACCAUGACCACAAUCGGCUCUGGAAUUGGUAUUUUUGGAGUGGCCUCUGUGCUCUGCGACCUGCUCCUGCUGCAUUUCCUCCAAGGCCGGGACUACUACAAGCAGAAGAAAUUCAAGUACGCGGAACAGGAGCCUUCAAAGUCACAUAAGAAAGGGAAGGAGCUGGACAACACGCAGUGAGAGCAUCCACGCUGACCGACAAACCUGCACCUUCCUCCUCCUCCUCCUCCUCUUCCUCUCCCAAAACACAGCCGUCAUCCCCAGCCCCGGCCCCAAGGCCAGCAGGAGCAGCAUCCAACGCCAGCUCACGUGAACGCAGCACCCUGCAGCCAGGGCAGGAUCUGGCCGGCCCAGCGCCCUGCAUCUGGCAAGGCUUGCUGUGAUGCCGGGGUGGGUGACACCUGCACGGGGCACAGGGGCCCUACACUUGCUACAGCACCCACAGGACCUCCACCAGCCCUGCCUGGGGUGCCAGGGCCGUGCUGGGGUAUCCUGCACCCCGAGCCCUUACAGGAGAGCAUCGCUGCCUUCCCUUCCCCAGCAGUGCCCCUGAGUGGCUCCGGAUUGAGGAGAGGGGAGUGGAAGGAGAGCUGGCAAGAACCAUGCCCCAGUCCCCCAGCAUGGGAAAGAAAGGGUUAUUUUGUGAGAAUGUAUUUUAUUAGAAAAAUAAACCUUUAGUUUUUCUACUACA